CCCUGCGCUGCCGGAAGCAGACGUGUGCGUCGGCAGGAACGGGAAGCGAUGGCGGCGGCCGAGGCCGAGUGGGAGCCGGCGGGGCUGCUGCCCGCGCCGGGGGGCGGCCUGGACUGGGAGGCCGUGCUGGGAGAGGAGCUGAGCGAGCUGCUGGGCGCCGCGGCCCCGAGGGACGAGCCGGAGGAAAAUGAUCUCUAUAACUUCCAUUUUGAUUUGGAUUUGAUGUCUUGGGACUCAGACCUUUGGAAUAUUACAGGCCAUGCUUAUGCAGAUGCAAACGUGAAGACAGAACCUUUGUCACCAGCUGCCUCCAGCUGCUCGGUCCCCUCGCCACCGUCUGUGGACUCUCCAGUGCAGAACGUGCCUGAUGAUGUGGACUUCAGCUGUAGCUCCCAGAUGUCUCCCAUCUCUCUCUACAGCAAGAGCUGCAAAAGCCCUGCAUCCCCAGAAGGAGAUGGGGGGAAGAAGCCUGCUGUGAGCAUCUCUUCUCGAUCUGCAAAUAAUUCUGCGAGGAGCCUGAAGAGGUGUGGUCAGACAGUGUCCAGGCCUUUGAUACAGCCCAAACCCCUUUUGCCUGCUGUGCCUGAAGCUCAGGCUAACAUUGGCAUCCCAGCUAAAACCAUCAUUAUCCAGACUCUUCCCACACUUGUGCCCCUGGCAAAGAAUCAGCCAGUUGUUAACAUCCAGCCAGCACCUCCUAAAGGUCCGUCCGUGGUGCUGCCCCAGCCUGCUGUGGUACAGCUCCAGGCUUCAGGGGUGCUGCCUGCCUCCCAGCCAGUCAUUGCAGUGGCAGGAGGGGCCCCAGCACUUCAGAACCACACGGUGAAUGUGCUGUCUCCAGCUGCUGGGAGCGGCUCCAGCAGCGGCAAAAUCCCGGUGACGAAGCCCCUGCUGCAGAGCAGCGCCCCAGGCACGGGGCUGGACGUCAACGUCCUGAGGCGGCAGCAGCGCAUGAUCAAAAACCGCGAGUCAGCCUUCCAGUCACGCAAGAAAAAGAAGGAAUACAUGUUGGGACUGGAGGCCAGGCUGGAGGCAGCCCUGCUGGAGAAUGAGAAACUCAAGAAAGAAAACAGCACGCUGAAGAGGCAGCUGGAUGAAGUGGUGUUAGAGAACCAGAAGCUCAAAGUAUCAUCUCCAAAGAGAAGAACACUGUGUGUGAUGGUGAUACUGGCCUUUAUAAUGUUGAAUUAUGGUCCAUUGAGUGUAUUUGAAAAGGAUCCCAAUGCAGCAGAUUCCACUGUGAGUUCCAACCACAGGACCAGAAAUCUUCUGGAGUUCUCAGCUGGCCAGGAGCCCAGCUCAGCUCAGAAGGUACCUGAGGCCAUCAUUUCCGAGAGGAGCAAUAGGUAUGACCGUUCUGUGUCUGACAACAAAGCACUGAUGAUAGUCUCAGAAGAACCACUGUUAUAUAUUUUACCCCCAGCACCCCCCUGCCAGCCCCUGAUCAACAGGACAGAGUCACUGAGGCUGACCCACGAGCUGCGAGGAUGGGUGCACAGGCACGAGGUGCAGCGGACGCGCUCCCGGCGCCUCAGCAACAGCCAGCAACAGCAGCAGCAGCGAGCUCGAGUGCCACAGAGCUCCCUCAGUGACAAAGCAGAUUCCCAGCUGAUGGCCAUGCCUUACACAGACACCAGUCUCAGCAGGAGCUCAGGGAAUGAGCUGCAGGUGUAUUAUGCCUCUCCCAGGAGCUAUCAAGACUUCUUUGAAGCAAUUCACCGAAGGGAGGACACGUUCUAUGUGGUGUCAUUCCGCAGGGACCACCUGUUACUCCCAGCCACCACACAUAACAAGACCAGGAGACCAAAGAUGUCUAUAGUGCUGCCAGCUGUAAACAUCAAUGAGAACGUGAUCAACGGGCAGGACUACGAGGUGAUGAUGCAGAUUGACUGUGAAGUGAUGGACACCAGGAUCCUGCACAUCAAAAGUUCUUCUGUCCCUCCGUACCUGCGUGAGCAGCGCAGGAAUCACAGCAGCACCUUCUACAGCUCGUCCCCCUCUGUCCCCGAGACGCCACACGCCCUCAGGGCCAUCGUCAAAUCCCUGCGGUAGCUCCUGGGGCUCCUGGGGCAGCAGCUGCUGCCUCCAGCCCGAGCCCUUCCCUGGCAGCUCCUGGGGCUCCUGGGGCUCCUGGGCACAGCACGGCCGGUUCCCUUCAGCCCUUCCUGUGCCUGACCCGAGCCGGUGGCCACAGCCUGCCCAGGGUCAGUCCUGGGCCCCACUGGCCAUGGGCUAUCCCUGCUGCGUGUCCACUGGCCACAGCUGGGGGUUCUGGGCCCCACUGGCCAUGGGCUAUCCCUGCUGCGUGUCCACUGGCCACAGCUGGGGGUUCUGGGCCCCACUGGCCAUGGGCUAUCCCUGCUGCGUGUCCACUGGCCACAGCUGGGGGUUCUCUCCUGGUUUUGUCCCCGUGAGGCUGCUGGAGCUGGGCUGAUGAGCCAGAGCCAGGGCAGCAGAUGCCCACCCUUGGGAUCGUGGCGCUCUCCCCGCAGUUCCUGGGCAGCCCAAGGAUGCCCUGUCCAGCCCCCAGCUGCUGGGCCUGGCCACACAGCCCCUCUCCUCACCAUUCCCUGCCCAAAUCCUGCCAGUGCAGGAGGCCCUGGGAUGCAGCAGCGUGCUGGGACAGCCCAGCCCAGCCUCCCAGGAGGGUGCUGGGACCCUGCUCUCACCACUAAAGCCCAGGUUCUGCUGAGAACAGCCCCUCCGAGGCACUGCCAGCACCUGCCUGCCUCUCCAGGACCCUGCUGCUGCCUCCCCCGGCCCGUGGGGCUCCACGGCUGAGGGCUUGGCCCAAAGGAAGUGAUUUCAUGCAGCAGAUGCAUUUGUAAAGUUUGGGUUUUUUGAGUUUGUUGGGUUUUUUUCUUCCUGGUUUUUGUUUGCGUGGGUUUUUUUGUGUGUGCUAUUUAAUACUUUCCACUGCUAACAAGAGCCCGUGGAGCAGCACUGGCCCUGCUGGGGCAGAGGGGCUGCUCCAGUUCCAUGGGACACAGCCCCAGCACCUUCCCCUGACACCUCACACCCUCUGCCCUGCCAGCACUGACACCCCUGGGCACUGAGGGAACGUUCUGGUCACCGCAGACGCUGGCUGCAGCCGAGGUGUGCCUGUCCAGAGCGGCUGUGGAGCUCUGUGCACUCCUCUGGCCCCGUUUGUCACACUGCUGCUCGGCUGGGAUGGGCUGCCAGCAGAGCAUCAGCCUGGUGUAAUCACUUCAGCAUGUUGUUACAUUAUUUUUUCUCCCCUGUGCAGUUUGCACUGAAGAUGAUGAGUUUCAGUUUGCCAGCCAGCUGCCAUUCCUUCAUGCUCUGAGCGCUAACCGCCUCACGUGGGGUUUUCAAUUAUUAUUAUUAUUAUUAUUAUUAUUAUUAUUAUUAUUAUUAUUAUUCGUGCAUGUGUGUGGCUGUCAGGAAAUAAAGGUUGAUCCUGCACAAGACAAGCAGCUGCAGGGGCAGGAGGAGGAGGAGGAUGAGGAGCAGUUCCCCUGUGCAGUGUGUGGAAGAGCUGUGCCCUUUGCCAGGUGCCGCAGGCCCCGUCCUGGCGGCGCUGGCGCUGCUGGAAGGAGCCGGGCUCGGCUCUCUGCUCUUCACUUUCCUGGCCUGGCCCCACCUGAGCGUGGGCCAGCUCACACAACAGGCAGAAAUGAAAACCCCAGCGGUGCCCCAGGCAGGGGCUGCUGGCUGCCCUGGGGAGCUGGGGAGGCACCGGGGUGCUGGCUGGGCUUGGCACGUCAGGGGGGGCUGCUGGGGGCUGCUGUGGCACCACAUCCUCAGCCAGCACCUCUGGGCUCUGGUGCUGGAGAGCAUCUCUCAUCCUGUGUAAUUCUGUUCUCUGUGUCCCUAGUACUGAAGGCAAUAAAAUCCUUCUUUUAUUUAUUACUAAUAA